CAAAAAUAGUUCGUGAUCUUCUUGGCGUCUUUCUUUUGCGGGUUGACAGUUAAACCUUUGAAGUUCCCGCCAAAUAUCCAAAGGAUUCUUCGCAAUUUUGAAAUGGAUAAAAUCUUCCGGUUAAUGAAUAUCAAUACUUCAACUCAUGAAUUACUCAAUUCCAGUCUGAGAAAUCCUAAAUUUCUCACUCCGCUUCUACUCUUUCAUGAUUUCAACAAAAAUCUGCCCUCAGAUUCUGAGUUGGAACUCGAUUCUGACAAGCUCGGUUAUCGGUCUUCUAUACCCAGUUCUCGAAGAAGCUGGAUUUCUGAGGAACAGGUUGAUCGUAGAGAAAUUUCAAAAGCAAGGGAGUCGAAGGUUCAGAUAGACCCAUGGCCGGAGUGGGUUGACUUCAUGGAAUGUUUGUCAAAGAAAGGGUACUUUGAAGGAGACAGAGUCCCAUUUAUGAAUACCGAAUUGGGUGCAAAAGAUUUCAAUCAUAUUCGAACUGCGUGUCUUGAUUUUGCAAGGGAUCGGUUUAACCUUACACGGUGCUUGUCCAGGAAAGAGUUACAGGUGAUUGCAGGAUGUGGAUGCCCAAGCACAGAUAGGAAAGUUGUGAACUCAGGGAAGCGUCUCAGAGCACAUCUGGGCAUUGAUGAGGGAAAUGUCUGCAGUUCUUGCAAACUGCAGGGAGAAUGUGAGAGGGCAUAUGCAAAGGCAUGCGGAGAUGAAGGAAGCCAGACCGUGGAUGUCAUGCGUGUUUUGUUAUUUUAUGGGCUCGAUCACAUCUCUGCUAUGGUGGAGAACAGACCAUGUAUGAACAAGAAAGUCAAUGACUCUGUUAGAAAGCUGUUGAAGGAUAUUGUUGAAUAUAGUGCAGGAGAACGUGAAUCUGUUCUUCUAAAGUCUAACGAGACUACUUCAGCAGGAAAUCAUGAGACAAGUGCUUCAGCGACACGAGGCGACUGGCAUUGUCCAAAAUGCAACUUUUUCAACUUUUCUAGAAACAUCAAGUGCUUGCGCUGUGGUAGUAUAUCCCUCGAGAGACUUCGGAAACUAAACGAGGAUCAAGUCGAUCUUCCGUUGAAGAAGGGUGACUGGAUUUGCGACAAGUGUAAUUUCUUGAACUUUGCUAAGAAUUCAACAUGUUUGCAAUGCAAAGAAAAGCCUUUGAAUCGACAGCUGAAUCAAGGGGAGUGGGAAUGCGAAUCGUGCAACUACAUCAAUUUUAGAAAGAAUACAUUAUGCUUGAGAUGUGAUCACCGACGCCCGAAAGCACUAAAUUCUCGAAACGUUUCUGCUGGACCUGCAGCUGAGAAUAGAAACUACAGUUUCAGCAAGCCUAAAUUCUCUUCUGGUAAAGUUGGUAAUAAUGCAAGCAGAAAAAAUGAUGGUAGUUUGUGGAGGUUUGGUGAAAAUGAGGGUGAAGAUGAUUCUGGAUUUAUGGAUUUUCCUAUUGCUCGUUCUUCUGGAAGUGCAGAAAGACAAGAAAGAAGGAAAGUGGAGAUGUUAGAGAAGAGAAAAAGCAGAGAAAAUGCAAUAGAUAAAGAAGAAGAUCUAAUCUUGAGAUCUGACAAUAUCGAAAGAAGAUUUGAGUUUGUUGAAUCUAGUGAUGAUGAAGACAUGAUCGAAUGGUUUGGACACAAGCCAGAAUCAAGAACAGCAGUUGACUGUUUAAUCCUUACUUUCUCUCUCAUCUAUCUUUCAUGCCACGCUCUCUCUCUCUACACUUGGGUCUUUAACUUUCGGAACCCUAACUCAGAAACCCGAGCUUCAAAAAUGGGCGACGAGGCCACGAAGGUUGUUGUUCCUCGAAAUUUCAGAUUACUAGAAGAACUUGAAAGAGGUGAAAAAGGAAUCGGGGAUGGAACUGUGAGUUAUGGAAUGGAUGAUGCUGAUGAUAUCUAUAUGGCGUCUUGGACAGGAACUAUUAUUGGGCCACCUAACACUGUUCAUGAAGGACGCAUCUAUCAACUCAAGUUAUUCUGUGGACAGGAUUAUCCUGAUAAUCCUCCAAAUGUUAGAUUUCAAACUCGGAUUAAUAUGACCUGUGUCAAUCCAGAAACUGGGGUGGUGGAACCAAGCCUUUUCCCCAUGCUUGCUAAUUGGCAAAGGGAGCAUACAAUGGAGGACAUAUUAAUGCAAUUGAAGAAAGAAAUGACUUCUCCCCAGAACAGGAGACUAACUCAGCCUUCUGAAGGUAAUGAAGAUGGAAGAAUUGACCAAAAGGGGCUAGUGUUGAAAUGUUGCAUUCUUUAAAGGUAAAAGACCAAAUAUGAUAAUGUAAAUAAACAAAGACAUUUGAUGUUACUAUUUAAGCAACAUGCUUAUGUCUACACGCAUAUGAAUGAAGUUGAGUUGAGUUGUGUUCCAUUAAGUGACAUGUUUGUCAUAAUGUCAAUUUUCUUCUUUGCUAUUUGCCUAGCCUUCCCUUUUGAACAGCUCAUUGAUGAGAUGGGUUCCUUUCAGCUGUUCUAAAAGAUCAGCAAAAGAGAUAAAAGUGAAAAAGACAAACGCAAGUUAUGUUAAAUAGAAGUCAAUCAAAAUCUUUGUAGAUUCUGUUCCCCACUAACCCUUCCUCUAUUGACAGUUGUGAACAAAAAUGAGAACUUUCUGGCGUUUUUCUAUCAGUACCAUUAUUAUCUUUGGAUUGUAAUUUGUAGAUUGUUGUAUGUAUGUAGAAUUCAACUGACAUCUUUACUUAUAUAUUUCGCUUUGGCCUUU